AUGGUCAGAAACUCCUUGAUCAUCGGUGCCAGUCUCCUGGCAUCUGCCCACGCGACUACAACUAGCGGCAGCUUUACUGCGUUGAGCUUUAAUGUUGCAGGUCUCGCUUCGAUCCUCAAUUCAAACGAUGUCAAUGGCACGAAGACCGAAAACGCCGAAGAAAUCGGCACUUACUUCGCGGAGUAUGGCUAUGAUAUCAUCAAUAUGCAGGAGGAUUUCAACUACCAUGCCUACAUUUACGAGACUGAUGACCACACCUACCGAACCGCAACAUCGGGUGGUGCAGGCAUCGGAAGUGGUCUGAACACCGUCUCCAAUUACGACUGGGUGGACUUUACGCGCACUCAGUGGGAUACCUGUUCCGACGCAUCGGAGUAUGAUUGCCUUACUCCAAAGGGCUUUACUUUCAUGCGCUGGAACCCAUCCACAGGAGUCUACAUUGACGUUUACAAUCUUCAUGCGGAUGCUGGUACUGAGGAUGGUGAUGAGACCGCUCGGAAUGCCAAUCUCCAGCAAGUUGCCGACUAUAUUGACACUUGGUCUAUCGGAAAUGCUGUUCUUGUGAUGGGUGAUACCAACAGCCGCUACACCCGUUCCGCCGACACUGGUAUUCGUCUCUUCAAGUCUCAAAAUGACAUGGCCGAUGUCUGGGUUGAGCUAGAGGAAGCUGGCGUUUACCCCACCGCGGGCGCAGAUUCAAUUGUAUGCGAUAACCCAUCGACAAUUGAGACAUGUGAGACCGUCGACAAGGCUUUGUAUCGUGGCUCCGACAUCAUCACCCUGACUGCCACCAGCUUCCUCUACGAUGGUGAAGAAUUCCUGAAUACGGACUCUGAGUACUUGGGUGACGUUCUGUCUGACCACAACCCUAUCCUAAUGGGCUUUUCCUGGACUAUGUCUUCCUCCCUUCGACAGAGUGAGUUCUCCGGUGGACCUCAUGGAACCUGGUUCAACGACCUUGAGAGCAUUCCGUCUUCUCCCGCGGCCUCCGUCCUUACCUUUGCUGGUGGAAGCCGCCUGGACUCUGUUGCCAUCGAACUCACCGAUGGUACCACUUUCAGUCAUGGUGGAACUGGGGGAACAUCGGUUUCCCUUACUCUUGGAACUGAUGAGUACUGGAUUGAGACUGAGCUUUGCACUGGCAAGUACAACGAUGAGACCCGCAACUUCUACAUCAAGGCUACUACUAGCGCCGGAAACACACUUGAGGCCGGAACUUCCACUUCUAGUUGCUCCACUUUCACCGCUGACUCUGGCUUCGCUGUUGUUGGCUUCAUGGGUCAGGAUGGGGACGAGAUGGAUCAGUUGGCCCUCAUCUACGCACCUUACUAA